ACUGUUUCGAAAGACCGCCUGGACGGGCCCGCGAAGACCUGCAGGCUCUGUUGUGUUUGCAACAGGGCAGUUCAGCCGCAAUGUCGGCCGGAAAGAAGCAUGCCCGCAGCGAGGGCGAGGAGCAGAGCGCCCGCUCGGCCAAGAAGCUGAAGACGACAGCCGUGAUCGAGAACGGACCGACCGAAAGCGAGCCCAGGUCGGUGGAGGCGGAGAAGAAAAAGAAGAAGGACAAGAAGGAUAAGAAGGACAAAGAGAAGAAGGAGAAAAAGGAGAAAAAGGAGAAAAAGGACAAGAAGGAGAGGAAGGAAAAGAAGGAGAACAAGCAGCUGGAAGACGAGGUUGCGGGCGACCGGAAGGCAUCAACAACAGCAGAUACAGAAAUCGCCGCCGUCGAGCCGCAGCCCCAGUCCGACAAGAAGGAAAAGAAAAAGAAGUCCAAGUCCAAGCCCGAACCCGAGUCCUCGGACCGAUCGACACCGAACUCGACCGGGCAGGAUGGCUUGCCCAACGAGAGAGCCGCCGACCAGGCACCCGCCGUGAACGGUGCCGCCCAGCGCAACGGCGCCUCCUACUCGUACCGCCAGACGGCUGCCCUUGAUGCUGUGCCCGAAGAGGAGAUUCAGGAAUUUCUGAAGAAACAAGAAAUCGUUGUCGCCGACCCUUGCGGCACGAAACUUCGGCCAGUCACGCAGUUCUCGCACCUGCCGAGUUCGACCCUCCUCUCCAAGAAACCAUUCGCAAGCUUCACCGCGCCCACGCCGAUACAAGCCGCCUCGUGGCCCUUCUCUCUUUCCGGUCGCGACGUAAUAGGAAUCGCCGAGACCGGGUCCGGCAAGACGAUGGCAUUCGCGCUGCCCUGCGUCGAGUCGCUCGCCUCCAGCCCCAAGCCGAAGCACUCCAAGAAGGACAAGACGGCCUUCGCCCGAGCCGUCGUGGUGUCGCCCACCCGGGAGCUUGCCAUGCAAACCCACGCCGCCCUGUCGUCGCUCGCCUCGCUCGUGGGCCUGUCGGCCGUCUGCCUGUACGGCGGCGCGUCCAAGGACGACCAGCGCGCGCUGCUGCGCAGGAACGCCGGGGCCGACAUCAUUGUCGCCACGCCCGGCCGGCUCAAGGACUUCCUCGCCGAGGGCUGCGUCUCGCUGUCCGACGUCAUGUUCGCCGUGCUCGACGAGGCCGACCGCAUGCUCGACAAGGGGUUCGAGGACGACAUCAAGCUGAUCCUCGGCAGCUGCCCACCACGUGAGAGGCGACAGACGCUCAUGUUCACGGCCACCUGGCCGACCAGCGUCCGCGGCCUGGCCGAGGGCUUCAUGGUCGACCCAGUCAAGGUCACCAUCGGCAGCCGGACCCGCGCGGGCGGCGACGAGAACGGCGAGGCCAACGGCACGGUCGAACUGCAGGCCAACAGCCGCAUCGAGCAGAAGGUCGAGGUGGUGGACCCGCGCGGCAAGGAGCAGCGGCUGGCGGAACUGCUGCGGGAGGCGCAGAAGGGGAGCGCGAAGAACGACAGGAUAUUGGUGUUUUGCUUGUACAAGAAGGAGGCCGUCCGCGUGGAGCAGUUCCUGCAGAAGAGGGGCAUCCGCGUCGCCAGCAUCCACGGCGACUUGCGGCAGGACCAGCGGACGCGAAGUCUCGAGGCCUUCAAGGCCGGCACGACGACCGUCCUGGUGGCGACGGACGUUGCCGCCCGCGGCUUGGAUAUCCCCGAAGUCAAGCUGGUCAUCAACGUGACGUUCCCCCUCACGAUCGAGGACUAUGUCCACCGCAUUGGGCGAACCGGCCGAGCCGGGAAAGCCGGCAAGGCCAUCACCCUGUUCACCGAACAUGACAAGGCGCACUCCGGGUCGCUCAUCAACGUCCUGCGGGCCGCCAACCAGCCGGUGCCGGACGAGCUGCUCAAGUUCGGCACGACGGUUAAGAAAAAGACGCACGACACGUACGGGGCCUUUUUCAAGGACGUGGAUAUGAGCAAGAAGGGGACCAAGAUCACGUUCGACUAGAGUGGAUAGAUAGGAUGGCGCGGGCGCUUGGUGCAUAGAGUUUGCCCAUGGUUUUUUCUGCGUUCUUGCCCCGCUUUGGGGAGGAGGGUUUCAGGGGCUUGUCUGGCUCCGGCCCC